AUGGGUACGGUGAGAGCGUCACAUUUGACGUCGCUAAGCUCUUCAGCCUCGGAUGCACGGCAGCCGUCCAUCUUCGAUAUUCUGUCCCAGGAAAAUCUCUCAUCCUCCAUUAAACCGGCUUUGCACCAACUCACGAAAGUACGCCAUCUUUUAGAUUGCAAUUGAAAAAUUUUAAUUAUUCAAGUAUUUGACGUUCAUCAAACCGAAGAGCUUUGGAGUAAUCUACCGCAACUUUGAUGAAUAUUACCUCGCUUUCGACCUUUUUUUACAAAACUAUUUUUUUGAAAAAAAAUUAUGGUGAGUGAAAUGAAAAGAACUUUUUUGAGAAUGGAUUAAAAACUCAGGAGCUUCAUUCUCGGAGAACUUUUAUUCGAUGAAGCGAACUAAUGUCAAAACAGGUCUUCCUCCUUCCAUGGGACGUGAAAAAUUGGCUUCGCUGAUUGUUUUGGUGAGUAAAAUAAAAUUUUAAAAAUAAAUCUUAGAAAAAAGUAUUAUUCCUAUUAUGUAUAAUUCAUCGAUUACAGAACAUAAAUAUCGAUUGUUUCAAAAGUUUUCAAUUGUUUUUUUUUUUUUGCUUUGAACCAACUUUUUUAAAAAUAGAUGCCGCAAGACUUCUGAGGACUAGCAUUUUUCCAAACUUACGAACAGAAUAAAAUCUUUUUGAGACGAUUCUCGUCGGAAAAUGAAGCUCUCCUUCCUUCAGUUUCGAUUUCAGGUUCUCUGGCCCUACGUGGAGAACAAAAUGAAUACGCUACACGAAAGAUUGAAAGAGUCCUACGAACGCAGAAGAUGGGCUGAUAUCCGCGUAUGUUCUUUUUUCUUACAAAACGUCUCAUUUAUCAUUUUCGAUUUUAGAAUACAAAAGAAAAAAUGAAAAAGUUUUUUGUCACUGCCUGGCCGCUCCUGAAAACGCUCCUAAAAGGCAUCAAAACUAUAAUGCAACUCACGUGAGAGUUUAAAUUUGCUUUUAAAUCCGCAAAACGGAUAGUUUAGGUACAUUCUGAACAGAUCCUCGUCUCAUUCUCCAUUUUUGUGGCUUUCUGGAAACAUUUUGCACAGCCUCACGCCUGAAGACUUUUCCCAGUUUGAACACGUUCCAAUGCAUUUGAGAAAAUCUGGGUAAAUUAGCCGGAUAUACAGUUUUCAAAAUGAUACUUUUUUCUAGUAUUGUCAACCGGUUGUGGAGAUUCAUCCUCGGACUGCCUGGAGUCCUCUCCAGAUUAUUUGGAUAUGGUCUUUUUUUCGUCCAAUUUCUGGAUUUCAUGUACAACAGUGACUUUGGUUCCCAACUGACAGGAAGGUCUUCUUAUUCUAAAGCUCCUCCCCCGCCUCAUCAAAUGGUGAAAUAACUUAUUUUCGAAUACUUAUUCCGUUUUUUGCAGAUUUCGGAGAGUAACGUUUUGAACUUGGAUACCAACAAGUGUCCACUUUGCUAUAAGAAACGAACCAACGACACGGCUUUGUUCGUUUCCGGCUAUGUUUUCUGCUACACCUGCAUCAACAAAUACGUCAAUACUCAUCAUAAGUAGGACAUUUUCUUUUGAUAACAUUUUGAGCAAAGUUGAAGAAUGUUUUUCGGAGCGUCAAUUUAUUUCCAUGUUGAAGUUUAGAGAAAAAAUAAAAAUGUUUUCAGAUGCCCUGUGACAGGACUUCCCGCAACAAAUCAACACCUUAUCCGUUUAUUCGUCUGA